AUGAGUAUGAAAGUCAAUCCACCAGUCCUUUCAAAUGACAAGACUUAUGAAAGAUACAAACAAGAAUUAUUGGCGUGGUGUGAAAUUACCAAUUUAGAAAAAGGCAAACAGGGUAUAGCUGUAGCACUAUCUCUUCCUGAACAAGAGAAACUGCGAAUUCGAGAACGUGUUUUUGAUGAGCUUACUACGGACCAAUUAAAGGCUGAGAAUGGUUUAACAGUGUUGAUAACAAUUUUAGAUAAACAUCUAGGGAAAGAUGAGUUAGUUGAUAGCCUUGAAAAGUAUGAAGAUUUUGAAGACUUCAAGUGGAAAGAAACUCAAUCCAUAACAGAAUAUAUCUCAGAUUUUGAUUCAAAGUACUCUAAGAUAGUGAAGAAAAAUAUGACUCUGUUACCAGAAAUUUUGGCUUUUAAAUUACUGAAAUGUGCUAAUAUUAGUAAAGAUGAGCGCAUGUUAGUUUUAACAGGCAUGAACUACGAACGCAAAGAUACCUUAUAUGAACAAGCCAAAGUUUCAUUAAAGAAAUUUAAAGGUUCUGCAAGUGGUGGAAAAGACUCAUUAGAAAAUAGUAGUGAUUUUAAGUUAGAACCGACCUUCUUGGCAGAGAAUUAA